CACGCAGAGGGGAGGGCGCAAAAGGAGAAGGAGCGAUAGAAUAACAGCAGGAAUAUGCUAAAAGAAGAGAGAAAAGAGAGGGACAGAAACACUGCUGAAAAAAGGAGUGAGGGUAAAAUUGAAUUGUAGAUUGAGGGAGCCUCUCUCCUCCCUCUUUCCCUCCCUCUUUUAUUUAUCUCCUGCGAAACCACGCCUCUCUCCUUUCACUUGUCAGUGCAUCUAUAACAGUGAGCUGUCUGCACCGGGCUGCGUGGGGGGUGAGACGAGCUCCUCACUCUGCCAGCACAGAGGACCGGAUCUGAACGGACCGGACAGGACUGGAUGGUACUGGACCGGCCAGAGCAGAACUUGGCAGUCGGAGGCUGAUUUCUGUGGGAGAAGAGAACAUCAGAGACAGCUUGUUUAGAAAGGAAGGUUGAGUGAGGGUGUUGCAGACUCCUGUGUGUGAAACGAAGGACUGAGGAGGUGACUGCAGGGUAGCGUGAUGGCAGGGCGGGGGCUCUCCGCCCCUCUCCCUCUUCUUCUCCUCCUUCUUGCCCUGGUGGGAGUCCUUCCUGUGGCCCAGAGCUCCGGCUACCUGUCUGGAUAUCGCCUCAGGUCUCGCCUGCAGAGGGACCGCCACUACCGCAAUAUCCGACCCAACAUCAUCCUCAUCCUCACUGAUGAUCAGGACAUAGAACUGGGCUCGAUGCAGGCCAUGAACAAAACUCGGCACAUCAUGGAGAAGGGCGGCACGCAUUUCUCCAACGCCUUCUCCACCACGCCCAUGUGCUGCCCAUCCCGCUCCUCCAUACUGACGGGAAAGUAUGUGCACAACCAUCACACAUACACCAACAACGAGAACUGCUCCUCACCCUCAUGGCAGGCCCACCACGAGCCGCACACUUUCGCUGUACAUCUCAACAACUCUGGCUACAGGACAGCCUUCUUUGGAAAGUAUCUGAAUGAGUACAACGGCUCCUAUGUGCCCCCUGGCUGGAAGGAAUGGGUAGCACUUGUGAAGAACUCACGCUUCUACAACUACACUCUCUGCAGGAACGGAGUACGAGAGAAACACAGCAGUGACUACUCAAAGGACUACCUGACAGACAUCAUUACCAAUGACAGCAUCAACUACUUCCGCAUGUCCAAGAGGAUGUACCCUCACCGUCCUGUCAUGAUGGUCCUGAGCCAUGUUGCUCCGCACGGUCCGGAGGACUCCGCCCCACAGUACAGCGCUGCCUUCCCCAACGCAUCACAGCACAUAACACCCAGCUACAACUAUGCCCCUAACCUAGACAAACACUGGAUCCUACGCUACACAGGUGCUAUGAAGCCCGUCCACAUGCAGUUCACCAACAUGCUGCAGCGCAGGAGGAUGCAGACCCUGCUGUCUGUGGAUGACAGUGUUGAGAAGGUGUACAGCAUGUUGGCAGAGACAGGGGAACUGGACAACACAUAUCUCAUUUACACCUCAGACCACGGCUACCACAUCGGCCAGUUUGGUCUGGUCAAGGGCAAAUCAAUGCCGUAUGAGUUUGAUAUCCGUGUUCCCUUCUACAUACGAGGACCUAAUGUGGAGCAAGGUGCCAUUAAUCCUCAUAUAGUGUUAAACGUUGACUUGGCACCGACUCUGCUGGACAUGGCUGGCGUUGAUAUCCCUGCAGAAAUGGAUGGCAAGUCUAUCCUGAAGCUGCUGGACACAGACAGGCCAGUCAAUAGGUUCCAGUUAAACAGGAAGGGUAAAACAUGGAGGGAUUCUUUCCUGGUGGAGAGAGGGAAGCCUCCGCACAAGAGAGCCGAUGGGAAGGAAAUGGCCCAGGAGGAGAACUUCCUGCCAAAAUACCAGCGGGUGAAGGACCUGUGCCAGAAAGCAGAGUACCAGACCUCCUGCCAACAGCCAGGACAGAAGUGGCAGUGUGUGGAGGACCCGACUGGCAAGCUGAGGCUGUAUAAGUGCAAGGGCAUGGCUAGUCUCAUUGCCCCUCGUAUGCAGGCUCUGAUGGCCAGCGGUGCCCCUCAGCUGCCUGCCACAUCUAACUCUGACAGCUGCAACUGUGACAACGUGGGCUUCAAAACAUCCGUCCUGAAGAGGAAGAGGCUGCUAACCAAGAAGAGUCCCUCUGUCUCGUCUUAUUCAGAGAUGAAACCCAGUAAGACUGUCUCAAGGAAGCGCUGGGCCCGCUCUGUGUCGUUUGAGCUGGAUGGUGACCUGUAUGCCGUGGAUCUAGAGGAGGGCUACCGGCCCUUGGGCUCCAGGAACAGCAGCAUGACCGCAGACAGAAGGAGAGGAGCGGUGAACGAGGAGGACAAUGAAGAGUUCAGUGGCAUGGGCGUCACAGCCAAACCCACCACCAGCAAUAAACUCAUGCCACCUGCUGCUCUUAAAGUCACCUACAGGUGCUCCAUUCUUAUGAAUGACACAGUAAAAUGUGAUGGAGGCCUCUACAAGUCUCUUCAAGCGUGGAAAGACCACAAACUGCACAUUGAGCAUGAGAUUGAAACCCUGCAGACCAAAAUCAAGAACCUGCGGGAUGUCAAAGGUCACCUGAAAAAGGUGCGGCCGGAGGAAUGUCAGUGCAACACUCCCAGCUAUCUUCUCAAGAAUAAAGAGAAUUUCAGGCUCAAUGCAGGACGCAUGCACUCAGUCAGAAUGCCAUCAAAGCAAAAGACUCAGUGGCUGCAGAAGGAGCAGAAGCGCAGAAAGAAACUACGUAAAUUCCUCAAGAGGCUCCAGAACAACGACACUUGCAGCAUGCCGGGCCUCACAUGCUUCACCCAUGACAACCAUCACUGGCAGACAGCCCCCUUCUGGACAAUGGGUCCAUUCUGUGCAUGCACCAGUGCCAACAAUAACACCUAUUGGUGCCUAAGGACCAUCAAUGACACACACAACUUCCUGUUUUGUGAAUUUGCCACCGGUUUCCUGGAGUAUUUUGACCUCAACACUGACCCAUACCAGCUGAUAAAUGCUGUCAGCACCCUUGACCGCAACGCUCUGAAUGCAAUGCAUCAACAGCUCAUGGACUUACGGGGCUGCAAGGGACAUAAGCAAUGCAACCCAGAGAAGGGAGGAAAAGAGCGAAACUACUUCAGUGAAUACAGGCCAGUUCAUCGCCGAAAGAGGCCAAAAGUGAAGAAGCCUUCCUCCAAAUCGCUAGGGCAGAUUUGGGAAGGGUGGGUUGGUUAACCACCAGCAUCCCACAAUCCAUCACAUCGGCCUCCUCUAGAGAAGGAAGAAGAAGGGGGAGUGCAGGCAAACCCUAGGACCUUGACCACACUUCGAUGGACCAUAACCUGAGAUGCUACUUUACUUUUAUCUGGGUUUUCAUUUUUUUAGAGAGCUGCUCUUUUGAAGUCUCAUCCAAGCAGGGGGGAUGCUGAGACUGAGAGGACGAUUAAAGACUCUCCAAUUGUCAAUUCUACCUUCGCACACAUUUCAUUCUCAUUUACAUCUUCUGUUAAACCCAGCCGUCAGGACCAUUAACAUUAACAGGAUGCUGUGAAUCAGGUGGGACAGUUUGAUGUCCACAAGCCAUUCUGUCUAACAGUACUGCUUGUACAUAAUAUAUAUCAGCUUUAAUCAGCUUUCUUUCGUGUCAUAUGGGACUGCGUGGAAACAUGACGAGUUACAUGUCAACUCUGCUGCUACUCAAUGAUGUCAUGGCCUCAUGAUGUCUCUGUGGCACAUGCUGAUUAGCUAAAUCAUUAGCGCUCGGAGUAACAACAAGACAUAUGUUCUUUCUCUGCACCAACGUGUCUGCACAUGGAAGUGGUAUGGACUUUUAAAUGACCGACUUCGCCAUAAUCUUUUGUAUUAUAGUUGAUCCUAACGCUGAUGAAUGUCCUUUAUGAAGCAUCAUCUUCCUCAAAGCUGUGAGAUGUGAGGUGACUAGCGAUUGCCUGCCUUGAUCCACCCCCAUCCAGUGUCAGCCACACCUCGAAAACAGGCCUACAAUAACUACUAUCUCACAAUGAUACAACCCAAACCUCCAGAAUAUUUGACCACUGGCAGAAUGCGUCAUUAGUAAAUGCCAUUUUACUCCUUUGUAUUGUCAGUACCACACUGUAGAAGUAUCCAAAUAGUUUGUUCAGCUUGCUAUACAUGGUGCUACAGGAUAACAAUACAGAAGUAAAAUCUUGCUGUACAGUACAGUAUGUAUUUGAAUGUAUGUUGUGCAAUUAAUAUAAAUGUUUACAAUAUUUUUUAUAAUACUGAAGAGGCAAACCUCAUUGUAUGAUAUGAGUCGACAAAAUGAACUUGUAGGGAAAAAUGUAGCUUCAGAAAUUUCAUUGCCCGCAACUUGUAUGUUUGUCCUUUACUUAUUUACAUCGGGAAAGCACUUGAAGGGUUCACUGUGAAGAGAUGCGCCAUGUACAUUUAAUGGAUAUAUAGUUUACUCUGUGCCAGAGGAACAACACAACAGUGUAAUACUUAUUGAUGUGAAUUUUAGCUACAAGCCUUUGUUAGCUUCUUUUUUUUUUUCUUUUUCUUUUUUUUUUUAGCAAAUAUUUCCAUAGACCUGAGCGCUGAUAGUAAUUGUGAAUAAAGUGUUGUUUGACCAUAAACAUGAGCUGACUUUUAUUCUGAAACUGCUUGGUGGUUUAUGUUCCUGUCCAGCAGGUGUCUCUGUCUGCUUGUCCUCCAACUGACACCAAUGUAACAAGGUACUAACUGACUACAAUUACAGUAGUGUAAAGGCUGCUAGUUGUGAUAUAAAAAAAGAGAGAGAGAUAGGUGAGGUCCUCGGUUCUCUGACUGGCUCAGUCAAGUGAGAAUAUGCAGUAAAAUUAGCAUAUCAUAUUUCUGACAUGAUAUUCAAAUGUGAAUCCGUUAAUCUAAGAUUAUCUCUCAAACUGUCAGAGUGUUGUACUUUUCAAAAAGAUGUGCCUUUAGCAGAGGGAUAAAAAUCUGCUCUUAGUUAGGUUAGCUAUUUGAAUGCAACAUCUUUUAUGACUAACGACCUAAUUUAAAAAACAACAACAGUGUCUGCCAUUUUGUAUCAACCAUAAUAAAUAAACUGUGAAA